AUGAGUUCGGAUCCAGUUCAACUCGCACAAUUGCAAUUUUCAACACGAUUAUUGAAGGAAUUGGCCAGUAAAGACACUGGAAAUGUAGUUGUUUCGCCAAUUUCCAUACUCACAGUCCUCUCCAUGGUGUACAGUGGCGCUGCGAAUGAGACAAAAGAGGAGUUCAACGAGGUUCUCGGCUAUAGUAAGUAAUUUGCAAGUCUUAAAACAUCGAAAUAUGAAUUAAAAUUAGAUUUAAAAUUUUUUUAUACCUAAAAUAACAUAAAAAUUAUUUUUUAUUGUCUAAAACAAAGUAAAAUACGCGCGGAACUUUUAGCAUUAUUUUUGUAGUCUAUUUUCUCGUAUCUGCACCUCAAGCUUCAAUGAAAAUCGCAAAUUUUUUGUCAAUUUUGCUAUGGAUAAUAUAAAUUAUUUCCAGAUGGGGAAGAAGACGAUUGGAACAAGCAUUUUUCCAUUCUUCUCAACGCAUUCGAAGCCAAAGAGAAGCCGUAUACAUUAAAUAGUGCCAACAAGAUCUUCUUGAGGAAUGGUUUCGAUUUAAAGCAGAGUUUCAAGGACAAGAUGGAGAAAUUCUUUUUGAACGCCUACCAAGAACUGGACUUUGACCAGAAAACAGAAGCUGUUCAGACCAUAAACAAGUUCAUUGAGGACCACACUGGAGGGAAGAUUACAGAUUUGGUGGAUGAGAGUAAUAUCAGCGAGCUUACAAAGUAAGGGGUGUCGAUGACUAAAGUAAUAUAAAAAUGUCUUGAUAUUGAUGUAAAAGUAAUUUUAGUAUGCAAAAAAUUUAAUUUCAGGCUUGUAGUCGUCAAUGCUCUGUAUUUCAAGAGCACAUGGGAGAAGAAAUUCGAUAAAAAUAAGACGGAAGACAAGGUGUUCUUCGUCAAGCCGGAUCAGGCAAAAAAAGUACGUCUUUGUAGUAAUAGCUAUCGAAAUUUUUGGCAGUUUGUUGUUUUUUGAUACAUACCACCCAUUUUGAAAGUCAAUUUUUGCUCGUUAAAUUUUUGAUAUUUUUUCGGCCAAGAAACGGCCAGAAUCAUCAUGGAUAAUAUAAAUUAUCGAAAAAUCUUGCUUAAGAUGCCGAAUAUAUUGUCGUUUUGUAAUAAAAUCAAAUUUCAGGUCAAAAUGAUGAAAAAGGAGGCCAAGUUCAUCUACUACGACGAGACCGACUUCCAACUUUUGGGCCUCCCUUAUGCCGGGGAAGGUGUCUAUCUUUUCGUCCUGUUACCCAGAGAAAAGUUUGGAGCUGACGAUCUCCUGAAAACCCUAGAUGCAGAGAAGCUCAAGUCUCUCAUAAGCCGAAGAUACAAAGUGAAAGUUGAUGUGGAACUCCCGAGGUUUAAAAUUAAUUCCAAGACCAAAUUAAAUGAUGCCAUGAAGAAUAUCGGGCUUCAGAAGGGAUUCGGGAUUGAGCCAGAGUUCACAGAGAUUGCUGAGGAGAGGCUGAAGAUCGAUGAAUUACUUCAUCAAGUGUUUAUUGAGGUGAGUUUUGAUGAAAUUGGAUUGUAUUACUUUGGUUUUGAUAAGCCGAUUUUCACGAAAAUCACGCCCUUUUGGAGUGGAAAAAGUUUACGGUGAUAGUUCUGUGAGGGGUUCUUUGGAGUGUUUUCGGAUUGAUAAAACACGUUUUAUAACUAUUUUUGGUUUAGAUGACUAAAAAUUUUAAAUAGGUAUUGAUGACCUAAAGUAAUAUAAAUCUUGUGAAGAAAACAAUAAGAUUUAAAGAGUCGAAAUUCAAGCGUUGAAUAUAUGGCUUACAUCUUAUCAGCCCGUCUUUGAGAAACAAAAUCCACAUUAUUUUAAUUUUUAUACCUAAAAUAAUAUAAUUUUUCCUUCCAGACCAACGAAGAAGGCUCCGAAGCUGCCGCAGCCACCGGCGCCGUCCUCAAUCUGCUCUCCGCAAUGCCCUUGCCCGAAGAAGAGAUACGAUUUGUGGCCGAUCACCCCUUCCUGUUCUUCGUGGCCACCAAAUACAGCGAUGUUCUUUUUACCGGCAUUGUCAGGGAUUUCUAA